AUGAUGCGGUCCGAUUUCUUCGAGCGCGGCCCGAUCUCGCUGAUUGCUGCCGAGUUGGAUUCCCACCCGUUCGAUCAACGGUGGAUGGCCCUACUUGCCCCUCCGUUUCUGACGUGGACGCCAGAGCUCGCUGCCUCCUGGUCGGCAAUGGUCGCCAGGCCUCAGUCUGAGCCCGAAAGGGCGACCACGGCGACGAAGCCCCCUCUGCCUCCGGCUCCGAAGCCCUCGACAACAUCCUCUGAAAAGAUUCCUCACCCCGGACCCGCGGCUGUCCUUGUCGCGGAUGCGCCUGGUUCAACUGCGACUGUUGUCUCUCAGACUCCUGUAACUGCUGCUGCUAUUCCAUCCGCCCCGGCUGUGCGGGCUGAACCUCAGGCGUCCCCUUCUGCACCGCCGGAGUCUGUCGCCGACCCCUCGGCUCCCUUGCUUGCUGGACCUGUCGCCGCGCCUGAGUUGCCGACUCCUGCCUCUGUCUCGUCCCUGCACGCGGCGUCCGCCACCACUGGCGGCCCAUCCCCGUUGGUUGCCCCGCCGGUUGGGGGUCCGGCUGCACCUCUUGUGCCACCGACUGCUCCUGCGGUGCAGCUAUCUCGCCCGCCGUCACCAGGCCGGCGCCCAUCUCGCCCUCAUUCUCCCGCUCCCCAGCCGGAUCGUCAAUCCUCUCGGCGCCGGCGCAAUUCUCCCCGCCGUCCGCAUCAGCAGGCCCAGUCACACGCGAACCAUGGCGGCCGCGGUGGCUGGUGGGGUCCCCGCGGUCGCGGAGGUGGUGGGGCGUACGAUCCGCCCGUGAGGAUGGCGGAUCUGCAGCGGGCGGUGUCAACUGCGGUGCGUGAGGAGAGGGCCGCCCUGACCCAGGGCAGCUCUCACGCUGUCGUGGCCCGUGCUGCUCCUCGACAGGCUGUACUUCCUUUGGAUCCGCCGCCGGCUGCGCCCGUCCCUCAUCUGAGUCCGGCCCCGUCGGCUCCUGCUGUUUCUGCCUCUGCGCCUGUUCCUGGGUCUCGGCUUCGUCUCCCGCCCGUUCCGCCUGUGGCGGGAGUUGAGUUUGUGGCUGCGGGAGGGGGAGCGCAGUAUCCUCAUCCCGGGGCUGGCGGUUCCGCAACUCCUGCCCUCGAGGAGCCGUUUCAGUUUCUGGCGCAGGCAUUACAGCCUCCACAGUCCCGUGUUCCAGAGGCAACUCUCGCCCAGCUCUUCCGCCUCGCGGAGAGCUUUCACGCUCUGCUCCUGAUACAGGUUCUCGCGCAUUCGUCACUUCCUGCAAUUCCCCCUGAGACGUUCCAGGAUCGCCACCGUGAUUCGUGCCUGGACGCUGCCGACCAGCUCGCAGUGCUGUUGGCGUCCGUGCUGGCUGCGCCCGUAGAGGGUGGAGUUGCGGCUGCUGGGCAGCUCGAUGAGGCUGUGCGCAGCCUGAGGCGCCAUUUGCGUGCAGGUUCUGGAGCCGCCGCGAUCGGCGCAAGCACGCUUGUGCUCCCUGACGGGCGUUCUUCACGCCCUUGGAGCUCACCGCAUGUAGGCGCGGGCUCCGAUUGCACCUUUGAUGCCAUGCCUCUCUAG